UCGGCGGUGACAGCAGCAGCAGCAGUCGGUCCCUCAGUGAGAGCUCAGCCUCAGCUGCUCCGCUCCGAGAUGGCGUCUCUCCUGCAGCCGGAAAAAGUUGUGUACCUGGUCCGUGGAGAGAAGCGGAUCCGGGCUCCUCUGUCUCAGCUCUACUUCUGUCGCUACUGCAGCGAGCUGCGGUCUUUGGAGUGUGUGUCUCAUGAGGUGGACUCCCACUACUGUCCCAGCUGUCUGGAGAACAUGCCCUCUGCAGAGGCCAAGCUUAAAAAGAACAGGUGUGUCAAUUGUUUUGACUGCCCAUGCUGCAUGCACACACUGUCCACCCGGGCCACCAACAUCCCGGCUCCUCUGCCUGAUGAUCCCACCAAGACGGCCAUGAAGAAGGCCUACUAUCUGGCCUGCGGUUUCUGUCGCUGGACCUCCAGGGAUGUGGGAAUGGCUGACAAAUCAGUGGCCAGCGGUGGAUGGCAGGAACCAGAGAACUCUCAUACUCAGCGGAUCAACAAGCUGAUCGAGUAUUACCAGCAGCUGGCUCACCGAGAGAAGCAGGAGAGAGACAGGAAGAAGUUGGCCAGGAGACGACAGUGCAUGCCACUGGCAUUCUCGGAAAAAUAUGGCCUUGGAACCCGACUGCAGAGGCAGAGGUCUGGAGCUCCCAUCUCAAGCCUGGCAGGCCUUACCCUUAAAGAGGGUGAGGACCAGAAGGAGAUCACUAUUGAACCUGCCCAGGCCCUUGAUGAAGUGGAGCCCCUGCCUGAAGAUUGCUACACCAGGCCCAUCAGUUUACCGGAGGUGACCACGCUGCGGCAGCGCCUCCUGCAGCCUGACUUCCAGCCUGCAGGGGCGUCUCAGCUCCACCCCCGACACAAACACCUCCUGAUGAAGCGCUCACUGCGCUGCAGGAAAUGUGAGCACAAUUUGAGCAAGCCAGAGUUUAAUCCUACUUCAAUCAAGUUUAAAAUUCAGCUGGUGGCUGUGAGUUAUAUCCCUGAAGUGAGAAUUAUGUCCAUUCCAAAUCUCCGGUUCGUGAAGGAGAGCCAAGUGCUGCUGACCCUGACCAACCCAGUAGAGAACAUCACCCACGUCUCAUUGACUGCUUGUGAGGAGGAAGAUCCCGAUGACAUCAACAGCACUGCCAAGGUCAUGGUUCCCAGCAAGGAGCUGGUGUUGGCUGGGAAGGAUGCUGCUGCUGAGUACGAUGAACUGGCUGAACCUCAAGACUUCCAGGAUGACCCAGAUGUUGUUGCCUUCAGGAAAUCCAACAAGAUUGGUUUCUUCAUCAAAGUGAUCCCCCAGAAGGAAGGCGAUGGGGAUGUCACCGUCUCAUUUAAGAUCAGACACGACUUCCGCAACCUCGCCGCUCCCGUCAGGCCAAGCGAGGAGGGAGGCGACAGCACCCCCGACGCCAUUUGGCUCACCCACCACGUGGAGCUGAGGCUGGGACCCCUCGCUCCCUGAACAUCAAUACUCCAUUUACUCUCAACCGGUCCCACAGUCAUAGUGUUGGGUUCUUUUGAGCCAGUUUCUUUAAGAUGUGGGAUUUCAUUCAUUUUAAAUGAUCAUCGGUGUGUGAGAGCAGUUAGAGAUCUACUUCGAAUACAGACUCAGAGUUCUCUUGUUUUAUCUCAAGUUGCAUCAUCAGAUACAUUGUGGAACUUUCAGUGUGUAAAACUAUAGGAAAUAAUGGCUGACUGCAGACUGACCAAUACAACUUUUAGUUGGUUUCACUUUUUUUGUUGCUUUUUAAUGUCGCUAAAUGAAGAAAAGUGGUAAUGUGCUUUAUUUCACUGCAUUGUCAUCCUCUCAAUUUAAACACUGAACCAUGUGUCAGUAAAAACUGUUGUAGUUUGACUGUUUAUUUACAGGAAGCAAACGCUUAUAUCUACAGUGCAUGUAAUUAUUUAUUCAAAAUGUUAAGUUUUGAUUAAUGGAAAUGGAAAAGGAUUUAUCACUAUGUAACAUCCAGUCUUUUCUUAAGUGGCAAAACAACUUCAAGCUCCCAGCAUCUGUCUUUGCACUUAACGUACAUUAAAUGUAUUAACAGCUAUG